UUUUCCUUGUAUUUCUUCGGUAUUUGCGGAACGAAAAACGAAAAACUACAUUACCCACAAGCCACAGAUCAACCCACUUCCGGUCCAAGAGUUUGUAAACAAUGAAAGGAGAUAUGGAGUCGACGAGAGGUCUUACCUAAAAAUAUUGUCCUGUACAAGCCAUAAUACGCGCAUAUUAUAUGUCAUGCACGCCGUGCACACCCGUAAGGGUUAAACCAACCGGGGCGUAUCGGUUUUCGAGGAUUGCCGCUCUUUUACGCGUGCUUUUUGCCUGAGCGAAAAUCGGACAGCUGGCUAGCGACGCGUUUGUUUUUCUAGAUACUAGACGGGCGUCAGACACAACGGGCUGCAGAAAGGACGGUCCCUGAACACAACCGAGGACUGGCGAGUCUUUCAAGGGCCACCUAGACGUGAUUUUGUCGUGCGGUGCGGGAUCAGCUCAAUGGGGAACUGUCUGUCUUCUCAAGGCGCUGAUGAUCUGUCCCUGCUCAACGAGUCCGAGGGGGCGAGUCUGCCGGGAGAGCCUCCGCCACCCUACCAGGAGCGGGUGCAGGUGCCGGUGUACCAUCCCACACCCAGUCAGACGCGGCUGGCCACUCAGCUGACGGAGGAGGAGCAGGUCCGUAUCGCUCAGCGCAUCGGCCUCAUCCAACACCUGCCCCGUGGGAUCUUCGAUCCGGGCUCGGAGCCGUCCGACAAGAAGAUCAAAGAGUGUGUGAUCUGCAUGAUGGACUUUGAGUACGGCGACCCGAUCCGGUUCCUGCCCUGCAUGCACAUCUAUCAUGUGGACUGCAUUGACGCCUGGCUCAUGCGCUCCUUCACUUGCCCUUCCUGUAUGGAGCCCGUGGACGCUGCGCUGCUGUCUUCCUACGAGACGAACUGAGAGUGCCUGCGGAAAAACCCAGAGACCUGCCAAUGAGUCUGCCAAGAGCCCUGAAACACUUGGGACAGUAGAUUGAACAAAUGAAGGUGGUGUGUGUGUGUGUGUGUGUGUGUGUGUGUGUGUGUGUGUGUGUGUGUGUGUGUGUGUGUGUGUGUGUGUGUGUGUGCGUGUGCAGAGACUGUAAAAAUGUCCAGUGCUGAACUUAAAAGGCCCUGGAAGGAUGUUUAAAACCUCUCACUUGCAUGUCAAAGCGUUUUUCGAAUACAUAUACAUGUGAUUGAUGUAAAAGUGAAGUUCGGCAAGGUGGAAAAAAUUCUCUAAUGAAGAUAGAGCGUUUCAAAAGCCUGAUUCGAAUCGGUAAAAUAGAGUUAAUAAAUUAUUGAACUUUUUUCCUUUAUUGUUCUAACCAAAUUCAUGAAAUGUGCAAUAUAUGCGAGAGGGACUCGUGUCCUUCUGAUUGGACGUGGAACCCGCCCGUCGCCGAAAUUCCACCAAUGAGAUCGCCCUUUCCGAAUUCAACAAGUCUAGGGGGGCGGGGUUUCAUUCCUGCAGGCUCUGAAUGUGCCUUUUUGGGCUCACGGUUAGAAUGCUGAGAAACCGAAUUUACAAGAAAACACGUGCCAUGAUAACGUCUAAGCUCGUGAUGCACUAACUGGCGUUUGAGGUCGUAGUUUCGCUUUUUUUUUUCUCCAGUCUCUCUCCUCGAUCACUACAUUAACUGCUUAAUGCGUCGUGGUAUGUCAUUUCGUGUUUAAUCGUAAUGGGGUUGGGGAUGAGGUCGUUUAGUGGUAGUUUUGCCUCGUCAGCUGCUGUUUACCAGGUUCUGGGAUGUAAGUUGCCUUUUUACACUGGUCAUCUUUCCCCUAAAUGCUUGUUUUUGGUGUUACAUGUUCGUCCCCACUUAGCUUUGCCUUGUCUGUUUGGAUAGAACCGCGGGGACCGUCUUCAGCAGUUUUAUUUCUUUACUUCGGAAGAGAACAAUAAUGAUACAGUCACCAAACUUUGUGCACCUUUCAAAUGUUGCCGACUUAAAGUCAGCCUUUACAGUGGAAGCUUUAAAGUUAAAAAAUGAAAUGGAAAAAAAGCAGUACAUGCUGCGGUUUUGAUACUGUUCAUAAUGUCUUUGAGUCUUUUCUGUAUGUUAGCUGAAUAUAUGAUCUUAUACCUGUCACGGUUUAAACUGCUUGUGCAAAAAGGAAGAUUUUCACCUUUGUUUGCUCAGUUGUAGUGCUGGAUUAUUCACGCUAAUCGGACUGAACUGUGUUAAGAGCCCCACGUUUAGCCUGAAGCUAUAUUCAUAAAAUAUUUCAUCCUGCUCAGGCUUCCCUCUGUAUCUCUGUACUGAACCAUUGUGACUUAAAAUGUGAUUGAACACCGAGAACAGUGUCUGAAAAUCUCGAAAUCAACCUGUUAUUACGCUUAGAUAUCAUAUUGGAUGAAUUACUUUUCUGUUAAUGAUUUAAAAUUGAAAUGUAGCUCUAGCACAGCACAAAUGUAAAAAAAAAUAAAUGUAAUAAUUCUGUGAAGUACAAUCAUCACAACAUUAUAUUUAGUUUCGAAAUAAAAUUAAUUCUUUUUUUUUAAAGAGUUGUUGGUGCCAUAUAAGUGUACGUUUGCCAACAAAAACAUUAGCAGGUAUACUAUAAAAAUGAUGUGUUUGGUUUAUGUGCAAUAAUGGCACAAGAAUAGUAUUAUAAUACAAUAAAGGUUGCCAAAUUCUUCCAUA